AUGCCCCAAGGCCAUGGGACAAGGCUGUCUCACCCAUCUAGGACCUGCAUAAAAGCCAGCCCAGAACCUCUCUCCCUCACACACUUCUCCUCAAGCCUUCUCCUCCUGCUCCUGCCAACAACAGGCACCCUCCACACCACACCCAUGGCCUGCAACAGCCUCUGCCGUCCCUGCGGACCCACCCCGCUGGCCAACAGCUGCAACGAGCCCUGUGCCCUGCAAUGCCAGGAUUCCCGCGUCAUCAUCGACCCUUCCCCUGUGCUGGUCACCCUGCCAGGACCCAUCAUGACCUCCUUCCCCCAGAACACCGCUGUCGGAUCCACCUCCUCCGCUGCUGUGGGCACUGAGCUCAAUGCCCAGGGACAGCCCAUCUCUGGUGGAUUUGGCUUUGGCCUUGGCUAUGGCCGUGGAUUUGGCUAUGGGCUGGGAGGCCUGGGCUGCUAUGGCAGGAGGGGCUAUGGCUCCAUCUGCUAA